AUGUCAGCCAAUACACAAACAUUGAAACCCGUCGACCUGCGUUCUAUCUUGACUUUCACUGUCAAGCUCGCGCGUACUGCCGGUACAUUGAUUCUUGAAGGCUCGCAAGCCAUUCAGUCAACUUCGGAUGUCAAUGAGAAGAAGAAUUCCGUUGAUUUGGUUACUGAAUACGAUGUUGCUGUCGAGGAGCUCGUGAAGAGCGAAAUCACAAAAGCUUACCCCAGCUUCAAAUUCAUCGGAGAGGAAUCAUACUCCUCUGGAACACGCAAUGAGCUUACAGAUGAGCCGACAUUCUGUGUUGAUCCGAUCGACGGCACCACGAACUUCGUCCACGGCUUCCCAUUCGUUUGUAUUUCUCUCGGGCUGAUCUACCAGAAGCGGCCUGUUCUGGGUGUCAUAUACAACCCCUUCCUAGAUCACCUUUACACCGGGAUCGAAGGCCAAGGAUCAUUCCUUACCCGUGGUAAUGGCCAACCUCUAAAAUUACCCCUUACCAACCCUAAGCCCCUCCCCUCCUUGCAGAAGGCUCUUCUGGCUGUCGAAUGGGGCUCUGACCGUGGCAAAAAGACCCUGGUACCAAAAUCCGAUUCAUUCUUGCGUCUCGCGGGCGAUCCUGCAGAUGGCAUCGCAGGGGGACGGAUGGCUCAUUCCAUACGGUCCCUAGGUAGUGCAGCGCUUAAUAUCUCAAUGGUUGCUCAAGGUGGCCUAGAUUUGUUCUGGGAAAUCGGUUGCUGGUCAUGGGAUGUCUGCGCCGGUAUCGUUAUUGCCCAAGAAGCGGGUGGUGCAGUAGUUGGGUCUCAUGCAGCUCUGGCCGCUGCAACAUCUGCUGGCUCUAGCAUUGAUCCUUUCAAGGUCACGCCAGAGGUCUUGACAGGUCGCAAGUAUUUGAUCAUCCGUGCUAUUCCGGACACCCCCAACGAAACGGGUAGAGAGGCGCAAUUGGGGAUUGCUAGGGAUUUGUACCAGACUGUGGAAGAUAGUGAACCGAAGUAG